AUGGCCAAAAAUUCAAAGAAACACAAGAAUGCACCAGAGAAGGUCUCCUUGAUUGCAAAGAAACUAAAACAGGAUGUCCCUGAUACCAUAUCAAAACUGAUCCACCAUGGCCUGACGAUCUCUGACAUUGUAGCCCAAGCAGGCAUGGUUGGGGGGCUGAUCUACGAGGACGAGCUCGAGACAACAACAGAGACUCUUAUUACACUUGCACAGAACCCAGCACUCAUCGGCCUGAAGGUGUUGAAGCCAUUCAAAACGGUGGUGCAUGAUCACUGGAGGGUAGCUCACGAAACGAUGAACACAGGAAGCUCCUUGACAUCGCGAAUAUUGUCGGCGCUGAUUGACAACCGCCAUGUCGAUGCACUUGUGCUGCUCUCUGAGAUGGCCAUCCACAAGCAGUUGCCAAAGCUCGGUGCUCUUCAGCGCUGGGUGCGCGAGUGCGAUGUCGUGCUUACACCCAGUAUGUCCCAGGGAGAGGAGAACCAUGUCUGGCAGGUACUCGAUGCGAUCCUGCGGACGACCCAGCCCGAGAUGAUUGCCUCUAUGUCUAGCCCUCAUUGGGGAGAGGGGAAGUUAAAGCAGCUGGGGAGCAAGCUGCUGUGGUUUGAACCUUUUGGCGUCGACCCUGGACUCCCAAACCUGACAAAAGGCAAGAUUGCACCAAUUACGUCACCAGAGGCUCUUGAGACAUCUUUUAAUGUCCUCCAACCUCUCCAAACCACCCUUGGCCACGAGCGAUGCCUGCCCAAUAAACAUCCCAUGACUAUCUACUUCUCCCCACCCACCAAACCCUCUACCUUCCCACUCCUUCCCGCCUCACAAUGA